CGCUUGGGCCUGUCAUUUCCCCAAACUGACCUUCUACUCGCAGCGGUUCCUUCGAAAGAGUGAUUCAACCAAAGUCUCCACAACAUGUUCAUAACAGUGAAAUUUGCAGGUUUGGUGAAAUUUUCAGGCACAUUGACUAAUAAAUAUCGACUUGCUUGCGAAAAUACGGUUAACAUAUUGCGCUACUGAAAAGAACCACACGAAAAAUUCUUGAGCACCGAGGGGAUCAUCAUUUCGAGGUGAUGCAUUAGACGCAAUUGAGAAUUUUUUCAAAAAUGGCUAAAGGAAAAAUGCUUUAUUGUGCUCCACAGGCGGGUGAAUAACCUUAAAGGUCUUUAAUUGAACAAUGAAUUUUUUUUUGAAGUACUUAAGGACUUUUUUCAAGGAUUUUAUGGGGAAUCUUUACCGUUAUAAUUUGACCAAAAGGUUUCCCAGCUCUGUCUUUUUAAUCAGGACUGAAUAAAAUUAUAUUGGAAAUACAACCGUCCGAUAUGGAAAUUAAGUCAUUUCCUCGACCGUAAAUAGAUUUUCUAUUUACUAGGAAGAUGCCCGAUGUGUUUACCUUUCGGCUUAAUCAUAAUGUGUUGAAAUUGUCAGCGAAAUUACACAAAUCAUUUCCUGUUCACAAUUUCAUGUUAAAAAUCUUUGUUCACGCACCAGAAAAUUUAUUGAUUAUCCGAGGGCUUAUUGGAAGAUCAGUAAGUCAAUUCCCACGUUUUAUUCCAUACAUAUGUAGAUUCUAUUUAUUCUCAAAUUGUUUGACUGAUUCAAUUUUUUUUCAGAUGACAAAACCGAACUUUUCAACCCGAAUUGCAGAAAUUGCCUACUGCUGAGCAAUAUCAAAGAAAGAUGUGACUGUGAAGAUGACGGUGAAAAGAGAGUUUUUUUUCUCAAACUUUAGCAUGGAUGUAAAACUUUGAAAUUUUUUUUGACCCCAUCCGAAAUUCAUGUCAAUAUUUAGACAUAAUAAAAUUCAGAACUUAGAAACUUCGUCGGCAGUUCACAAGAAUUAUUGGCAGAAAAUUGCCAAAAUACGUGGAACCUAGAUAUAGUGCCUUCGGCGGGAUUCCUUGUAAAAGAUAACACUCGACAUGAUAUUGAAUAGAAAACACCGUUUGCCGCUUCUGCGGUUUUUGCGUGCGUUAAUGACAAUUGCGUUUCUUCGUCGCUGAAUCCAUUCAGGAAGGAGUGGGUGAACACACCUAAAAGGAAACUGACUCAUAAAAAGACGUCAAUUGUUUUUUUUAUUUAAACGAUGAUCCAAUUCGUGGGAGGAUCACAAGAGCUAGAUCAAGGGAAGAUUUCGAUACUAGAAUAGGAUCGCGCUUGAAAAUUAAAACAUUUCUAAAAAAAUUUUUGAAUGAAACGUUCGAAGAUGAUAUAUGAUACUGGAAAAGGAAAUGAAAAAAAUCUAAAGAAUCAAGACGAAUACCUACAGAGUUACUCUUGAAGAAAGGUUAAUUUGCAUAUGGCACUUGGCUACCUGUUACUUUCACGAUCGUUCGCCAUAUUGCCUGCCGGUAUUCUUUACCCACCAAUAAAUCUUUAAAACUUGAGUGGGUUUUGCUCUACCGUGAUUGGUCCAGAAAACACGCGCUACUCUCUCAACCAAUCACAUGCAAAACUAUCACCAAUCACAACUUGGUCGCCCGCGUUUUCCCGCGCUUUAGGCGGUUUGCUUGUUUUUAUUUUGAAUUCUCAUUGGCUCUUUAGGAUAUUUUCCUUUCUUCUGAUUGGCUUUUUGAAUUAUAACUAUAAUUGGGCUUUACGACACUCAUUCGAAAAGUUCAUUUAUUUUAAGUUAUUCAAGUAUGUUCUACGUCCAUUCGUAAGUUUAAGAUUAAUUUAAUACCAGGGUUAGACAUGGUACGGGAGAAUUUACCACUUAACUGUACAACAAAAUUUUCCUUCAGAUUUCAUCGACCUCUCUGAUGAAAGUGGAUCGCUAAAGAAUCUUCAAAGUCACCCAAUGGAUUAUGGGACAAAAUACUUGAAUGAAAGAGAGAUUCUUAUUCUUGUAAAAGGGGAGAGUAAGUUUUGCAAUUAUGUGUUUUUUACCUUACAACCUCGCUUAUUCUUUCCUCUUAGCCUCUAGUCAUAGUUUCUAACCUAAUUAUUAUUCCCUCCUGUUUUGCAAUAGAAACAGACGGAGAAAAUAUGACGUUUGUACCGUUACUGGAAGGAAUGGAGACAAAUAAGGCAUUUCUCGGUAAGUGGUUUAAAAUCUGAUGUUAGCAGGCUUCUCAAUUGAUCAUCGCAAAACCAAAAGGAAACAAGCCAACACAGCCAAUCAGAACAAAGUGAAUACAUGCAAAUUAAACGUCCUCUUGUAUUGAAAACGCCGGAAAACGUGCGGACCGAGGUGCACUUGAUUUGAGUUUGUAUCGAGUUUAUAAGAAACCUGCAGCUAUCGUAGAUAUUGAUAAAAUUGCAAAAUUCUGCCUUCAUUUGUUUUCAAUUUGCAACUUGAUUGCAAAUGUUCCCCAUGUUUUUUUUAGAGCGGCUUAAUCCACCACCACCAAAACCAGAGAAAAUCCGCUCAACAGCAAGGGAUUCCCCGAGCAGACUUCAGGUUGAAGGGGCACGUGGAAAGAGAGCGUCACUCGCACCUAGGCCGAAACAAAACCAACUGGCACCUCCGGUGAGCUCCUCAAGGGCCCUUUCCCCGGGAAGGAGAGGCAGCAGAAUGAGGAGCCAAAGUGUACAGCUAGCGCAAGCCCCAUUAAGUUCUUCGCUUAAUUCAGCAAGACGUGCUCGGUAACCUAUAUAUGGUAUUUUUAUCAUUAUAGCUUUCUUUCGAUGCAAGGAUUACAAAAAGAGGUAUUUUUUGGCAUAAAAGUGAUCCAUGUUAGUUUGUGAGUGAUAGUCGAGUCUCAACGUUAACUCCGGCAGAUAAUUAUGGUGUGAGCACAAAGUAAGGUUCCACAUACUACCAUAGGAAGAGGAGAAAGAGCUUUCCUUUGCUAGAUAUUCGCCAGGAUUGCUCCAAGAAUUUUCUCGCCGAAACUUCUCUUUACUCCACACAGAAAGGUCUGUCCUGAUAU